AUGCUGGCGAAACGUCUGGGAGUGUACCAUUUCCAAGCUCAGACUCAUCAUGCAUACUAUGGACCCCGCAGGCGUGUUGACAAUAUGACCAAGUUGCGAAAACAAGAACGUGACUGGGACAUCACUGUUCCUGGAUUUAUAUCAAUCGAGCACGUGGAGGUGUCAAUUCGCGACAAUGGCAGUAGCCGGCGACGGAAGCCGCCUCCGGCCAUGCGGAAGAGAGCAGUCUGGAGAUGUCGUGCAGCCGAGGACCCAAUGACACGUUCGUCGGAAGGCCUCAUCGGAGGUCACGAACAAUGA